GAUACAGCAUCCAGCAACCGACGCACACUCCUCCGGUCAACCCGCCCCGGCACCACCGUACAGAAAUGGCCAAGACCGCAAUCGCUUACAAAGAGAAGAUGAAGGAGAUUUCAGUUCUCUCACUCAUCUGCUCCUGUCUGUACCCCGAGAGCCGCAAAAACAUCAUGGGCGACUUUGACGACAUGGACAUCAAGCCCAUUAACAAGCGAGCCUCGGGCCAGGCCUUUGAGGUCAUCCUGAAGCCGUCCUCCCCUGUGUCUGAUGUUUCCCACUGCAUCACCAGCCCCCCAAAGAGGGACAUUUCCCUGGAGGACAUCCAGAAGAAACUGGAGGCAGCUGAGGACCGGAGGAGAUCCCAGGAGGCACAGGUACUCCGGGCCCUGGCUGAGAAAAGGGAUCACGAGCGUGACGUGCUGCUGAAGGCCAUGGAGGAGAACAGCAACUUCAGCCGCAUGGCCGAGGAGAAGCUCCAGCUGAAGAUGGAGCAGAUUGAGGAGAACCGGAUGGCCUACCUGGCUGCCAUGAUGGAGCGCCUGCAGGAGAGGGAGAGGCAUGCUCAGGAGGUGCGCAGGAACAAGGAGUUGAGAGAAGAACUGACAGCGUGAGAAGCCCCAG